CUCAGUCGUGUUUUAUCAUUUAACACGAGGAAAGAAGUAGCUAUCAAACGUUCCAUUUCAAUGGCGGGAAAAAAAGUGAAAGUUCUUUUUUUGAGUGAAAGUUAAAAAUCCUGCCUUAGGCAUGUCGGAAAUCAACGAGUUUACAUUUUUUAUCGUCUGCUUCGCCAGUUGCCAUUUCGCGCUUUCCUCUUGUUGCACGUGUCUGUAGUAGUUACGGUUUUCUAAUGUUGAUGAAUUCCUUACAUAAUUUAUCUCAUCUACAAACUAUCGAUAACUGAAAGUGUGGGAAUCUUUUAUGUUCCAUUGUGGCUCUAAUUUUGAAAUUUAUUUUCAAGGUCAUAUUUGUGUUCGAAAAGGCAUGCCGGUGUUUAAAAUUAUUCUUUAAAUAACUGGAGGAAAAUUCUGAUUUUGACUUAAUAUAAAUUCCAAAUUAACUCCGAAAAUUGCAGUUUUUUUAUUAUUACAUUCAAUAACUGAUAAGUUUUGAUUUUAGAGUAAGAUUUGAACAUCAUUUUGGAAUCUGAAUGCAUUUAGAAAAAGAAACGUUAUAUACUGAUUAUGGUCCGAUCAAGUAUCUGUGUAUAGUUUUUGGUUAUUAUAGGAUAUUUUUCUAGCUAUUAUGCUCAAUUGAUUACUUCAAAAAUGGUUGUGAAAAAAAUUACCCUCCAAUGUGGAGUGAUAUUUUUACUCGUGUGUUUUAAAAUCUAUCCCUUAGAAUCGAGAACAAUAACAAACGAAACAGUAUUCACUGAUUCAUCAUUGCCAAGCACGCAACAUUCGCUACAUUCAUCAAUCGACAUUCAUCAUGCUCAAGAUGUUGUGCCAAAUACAUACAAAUUGGAAGAAACUACAAAUGGAAGUCUCGAUGAAAUUGUUCACAACUUAACAAACAUUUCAAACUUUGAUGGAAAUAUUUCAAAUUCUAGCCAAAAUACGGCUAACAUUUCAAUAGGAUCUCAGUUCAGCUUUGCAAGAGGAGUGCCAUUUUAUUCUUCGACGGACAAAACCAAUGAAGACGAAGAUUUUAAAACCACCCAUUUUCCUCAAGAUGAUUUUUCGAUUCCAGAAAAACAAGACACUAAACAUACAUUGAAUGCUUCAUCGACUUUUGUUCCGAAAUCAGACGAUUUAUUUGGUGAUACUAAAACUGAAAACGAUACUGAUUUGGAUUCUGAAAGAAAAGCUAUCGAGGAUUUUGGGGAAAACAUAAUGAAGCUAAAAGAAAACGUGAACACGUUUAAAGAUAACUUAAGAAAGAUAUUGUUUGAGAAAGAUCUAGUUAACAUCGAUUUGAUGGAAGACCAGCUUGAAAUAUCUGCUAAAAAGAAGCUUGAGGAUAACUUAUUCACUAAUUUAACACCAUCAAUUUUAUCAGGUAUCAGCACAAAUAUUACACAGAACAAAACGGCAAUAACUACUGAAGUUCCUAUUUUAGAUAAACAAGUUAAUGUGUCAAUAAUGGAUAAUUCUUAUAAAACUAAAUCUAGUCAAGUUUAUCCAAAAAUGCCAGAAAAAGAUCUUUCUGAAAACACCGAACGAAUACAACCGGUUGAAUUCAAUCGAAUCUCUGCAUUUGCCAGUAACAUCAGCGAAGUUAGCAAACGGAUGGGUGCAUUUUUGAAAAAGCAGUACUGGGAAUUGAACUCUAAAAAUGAGCAGAAGGCAUCUGAAUCCGUGAUUUCAAGGGGUCUGGAGAACUUGGUGGGCAGUGUGGAAGAAACAGAGCUGCCAUCAUCUCAAGUUCUGCAGCAAUGGGUUAACCUAGAAGAAUCUUUUCGUGAAUCUGUGGAUGCUGUUGUUCGCCAAGCUCUUCCGCUGUUGGUUCGCGCAUCAUCUGAAAUGCAGCUUAGCAACGGUUGCUAUACAAGUUUUUUCCAGCUAUUAUUAGGUCUACGUCGUCUCAGACCGUGGGCCUUCCAAAUGAUUGACGCAUUUGGGAAACCACCGGCUGGAAUGUUGCAAGGUACGGUGACAUCUUUUGGAGCUUUUGAUGAAUGUGUCAAUAUACUUGCUAUGUCUGAUGCCAAAAAGAAACUACCUCCGACUCAGUACUUUCGUGGAAAGUACUGUACUAUAGAGAUCAAGCCUCCGUUACCACCCAAACCUCAGUACUAUACCAUGUAUCAACCAGUCAGCAUUUUGGCAAACUUCUCGAAUGGAGAUGAUAAUGUAAUUCGCCAGGCUGCUCGUCAAGCACAUGCUUUUUAUUUCUUGACUUAUCGAAUGGACGUCUGCGUACCUUCUACAUGUACGCAGCAAGACGUAGACAACAUGGCGCAAUUUGCUGCAAAAUACAUCGAUAUAGAGGUAGCCGUUCCCAGGUGCAGCGUGAAGGAGAACUUACAAUUUGACAAAAGUCAAGUCAUCUACAUUUGCAUUGUUGGAAUACUGUUAACUUUGGUCGUUGUAGGAACAGUCUUAGAUUCUUUUAGAGAAAUUUUUCACAAAACUAAAGCAGUUGUUCAAUGUCUCAGCACUGCAAUUUCUAGAUUCCUUUUGUCUUUUUCACUGAGCACAAAUGCGAAUCUAUUGUUUAACACUGAUACAUCCCACAAUGGUUUGGAUUCACUACAUGGUAUGAAAUUCUUUGGAAUGGGAUGGUUAGUACUUGGACAUACCUAUUUCAACAGCAAUGUUCAAGUCUAUGGAAACUUAACAGAAGCUUCAGCUUUUGCCGAAGGUUUCUUUUUUCAAAUUAUUGUCAAUUCAACCGUCUCCAUUGACACAUUUUUCUUCAUAAGCGCUGUUCUAUUAUCUUACGUGACCUUACAGAGUACAAGUAAGCAUGGUUAUUAUAGUAUGCCGCGGCUAUUUUUCAGAAGAAUCGCCAGGGUAAUACCAUCAUAUAUGAUGGUUGUUGGUGCUACUCUUCUUCUUCCUCAUCUGGGAUCUGGACCAUUUUGGAAUGAGACUGUGGACCCCGUAGUGAACAUGUGCAAACAAAAUUGGUGGACAAACUUGUUGUUUGUCAACAAUUUUGUUACCACGCCAGUUCAGAGGUGUCUUGAACACUCUUGGUAUAUAUCCUGUGAUUUUCAACUAUUUGUUUUAGGAUUGUUGAUUUUACUGGCUUUUAUCAAGCGUCCCAUGUUAGGAUUAAUCCUCAACGGAAUGAUAAUACUCGUUUCCAUGGUGAUGACAGGAAUUAUGACUUAUUACUACAAAGUUCCACCAACUUUAUUAGCUAGUUUCCCUGAUCCAGAGGAACGCAAAUAUUUGAACCACGUUGUUUUAAGUAAGCCCUAUUGCCAUUUGGGUCCUUAUUGCGUAGGCUUAGCUACAGGUUAUUUUUUCUACAGGUGCAAGGAAAUUAAGUUGAAAGCGUAUCAUCAUGUUAUUGGUUGGGGCAGUACAAUCUCCGUCACAGCUGCAGUUGUGUAUGGAGUUCUAGAAUGGAAUAAAGGUAACUUGCCAUCUACAGCAGCUGCCAUAGCGUACGCCGCUACUCAUAGAACGGCAUGGGCUCUUGGAUUAUCUUGGAUUACUGUCAUAUGUGUUGCUGGAUAUGGAGGACUUAUCAACAGAAUUCUAUCAUGGAAAGUAUUUGUACCUCUAAGUCGAGUAACCUACAUUGUGUAUCUGAUACACCCACUGAUACAAUAUAUCUUAACAGGCUAUAUCCGAGAGAGACUUCAGACUAAUCACAUCAUAUUGGCCUACUUCUUCUUCGGACAUAUUAUGACGUCAUAUGCUUUAUCGGCUGCCUGCUUCUUUCUUUUUGACGGACCAGUGGAAGCUCUCAUGUUGUUGGUACUAGGAGAAUGCACUGCACCAGCACCUGAACUGGCCAAGACAACGCUCAAACGUAAAGCAUCUAAUAACAACAUUCUAAAUGAGAAACAACGGAAUUUUUAGUCCACAGUUCAUCUUUAUGAGAUUGUGUUUAACCACCAAAAGCAUUCCUUAUGUGAAUCAGUGAAACUCUAAUACAUUGUUACCAGAAAUAAUGAAAUUGUGAAACAUUCUCAUUGUGAAUCAAUGAAACUCUAAUGCAUUGGUAUCAGAAAUGAUGAAAUUGUGAAGCAUUCUCAUCGUGAAUCAAUGAAACUCUUAUACAUUUGUACCAGAAAUGAUGAAAUUGUGAAACAUUCUCAGAGUGAAUCAAUGAAACUCUAUUGAAUUAUUAUCGAAAAUUAUGACACUUAAAAUUUCUUAGUGGGAAUCAGUGAAACUUUGAUGAAAUGGUAUCAGAAAUGAGGAGCUGGCAAAAAAAAAAAAACACUCAAUCAUAAAGCAUCCAGCAAAAGCAAAGUUAAUAGGAAGAAACGAGAUUUUUAAUCGAUAGUUCAUUUUAUGAGACUGCGUUUCACCAUCAAAAACGCAUUCUCAAUGAGAAUCAGUAAUACUUUUAAUAAUUGUAUUCUGAAAUGACGAAAUCGUGAAACAAUCUUCAUCUGAAUCAGUGAAACUUUGAUGAGUCGGAAUCAAAAAUUAUGAAGUGAACUGGCUUCAGCAACGGUGAAUCAUAAAAUAUACAAAAUUAGAAGUAGACGCAUUUUUUAAUUGAUCGUUCAUUUUAUAAAACUGUAAAAAAAAAUUUAAAAAAAAACGUUUUAAAAUAUUUUCAAAGCAGUCCUAAUAUGAUUGGGCAAAUUAUUGAAAAAUUGGUAUUGGAAAGGUGAUGACAUCGUGAAAUAUUCUUGAUAUGAAUCAGCGAAACUUUGAUAAAAACCAGAUUUUAAUCCUUGUGUUGUACCUGAGUUUAAGCAAAAGUCAGACUGAUGAUUGCAUUUUUAUUUAUGUUUUUGCUACGUUAAGUUUAAACAACAAUGAAAAAAAACUUAUGACAAUUGUCUCACUUGCAUUUAAAAUAUUUAUUUCACUUUUGUUUAAAUGUGUUCCAUUUAUAACUCUCUGUUUUUGAGAAAAAUUGUAGAAGCUGAAUGGAAAUAGCUACAUAAACUUUAAAUCAUUUUUACGAAGUUCAAAGCAAUUGAAAUGUGAGCUUAAUUUUUUCCACAAACUUUUCUUUGAAGUAUAGAUUUGAUAUUUUGUUACUAAACAAGAAGUUUGUAAACAACUUUUUCAUCCGAGUUAAAUAUAAUCAAAUAGCUAUUUUCAUAAUAAAAGAAAAUAUAUUUUACUAUGUCACAGGUGCCAUUUUCUGAUAUAAUAUGUUAAGGUGAUGACCUUUAAAAGUAAACUGU